CGCACCUUUCUCCUGGAGCUGUUGGCGGACAUCUUUGAGCGGCGACCUUCUCAGCUGAAGGCCCUCAACUCUCUGCCACUCUACCCCAGCGAAGAGGUCAUCUGGGAUGAGAAUCUGGUGCCGAGCGGAGACGUCCACUUUAGCGGCGACUCAGUGCUCGCCCUGCCCAAGUUGAACGUUCAAUUUCUGACGUUGCACGACUACCUCCUGCGGAACUUUACCCUCUUUCNCAUUGAGCAGGCGGUGGGCCACCUGAAGCCGUGGAAGACGGAGGAGGGCGGCGUCAUGUUUGGCGGCUGGGCGCGCAUGGCCAUCCCCAUUGAUCACUUUGCGGUGACGGAGCUGGCGAAGGCGGCCAUCGGCGAGGGUGGCCGACCUUCCCGGGUGAAGGCUGAAGUUGUGGUCAACCUGGCUGUCAAGCGAAGUAUCAAGACGGAGUGGGAGGCGCUGCGGAAGCACGACGUUGCUUUCCUGGUCACCGUGCGACCGGAAGCGCCGCCGGGAACGCCUUUCAACUAUCGAGAGGCCUUUGUGCCGCAGGUGGGCCUCGCCUACGUUCGAGGCUGUGAGGUUGAGGGAAUGCUCGACCCAACCGGGCGGCUCAUUGAUGAGAACCCCUACGCCGCUGAAGCUCGUCCGCACUUUAGCACCGACUUUCGCACCUACCGCGUGCUGCUCGAUACGAAUCAGUACCAGAUUGAUCUCCGCUCAGCAAAACCAGCGCCAGCGGAGGAGGUCUACGAGUCCUUCAACGUGCUGGUUCGCCGGAAGCCCAAGGCGAACAACUUCAAGGCCGUCCUGGAGACGAUUCGCGAGCUGAUGAACACGCGCUGUGUCGUGCCGGAGUGGCUGCACGACGUCAUUCUCGGCUACGGGGAGCCCGGCGCGGCCCACUACUCUCAGUUGGCCGUCAACCGGGAGCUCUUUCCGGUACUGGACUUUUACGACACCUUCCUCAGUUUGGAGCACGUCGAGGAGGUUUUUGGCGGCGAUGGCUAUCAGGUCAGGUUUGAAGGACCUAGCAGCUGCUCAUCACCAAAGCCGCCUUUCAAGCUCCGAAUUGACUCGGAGGAGAAGGUGGUCACCGUACAGUCGUACAGCGUCCCCAGUCGAGGGCCUUACGCCACCGAUGAGCCGAAGCGGAAUGCGAUUCGCUUUACCAGGGCGCAGGUUGAGGCAAUCCGUUCCGGCAUCCAACACGGCCUGACGAUGGUCGUCGGCCCACCCGGCACCGGAAAGACCGACCUGGCGGUGCAGAUUAUCAGCACCCUGUACCACAAUCACCCGGAGCAGCGGACGCUAAUUGUGACGCACUCCAACACCGCCCUCAACCAGAUCUUUGAGAAGAUAAUCGGCCUGGACGUGGACGAGCGCCAUCUGCUGCGGCUGGGCCACGGGGAGACCGCCCUGGAGACGGAGAAGGACUUUAGCCGCUACGGGCGGGUGAAUUACGUUCUCUCGAAGCGACUGGAACUUCUUGAAGCGGUUGGGCGGCUGGCCACCUCGCUGGGACUGUCCACCGAUGCAGCGUACACCUGCGAGACGGCGGGCUACUUCUUCCUCUACCACGUCCUCUCGAAGUGGGAAGCUUUUCAGGCGGAGCUGUCUUUACUUUCUGAAGAGCAGAAAACUUCGAGCUUUGUGGCGGCUCGCUUUCCCUUCACCGCCUUCUUUGCCCAGGACCUGGGGCGAGAGCUUUUCAUUCAAGAAAGCUCUUUCGAGGAGGCGCUCGAGGUGGCCAGCGGCUGCUUCCGCUACAUUCGCCGCAUCUUCACGCAGAUUGACGAGUUUCGCGCCUUUGAGAUGCUGCGGCCGGGCCCGGACCGCGCCAACUACCUGCUGGUGCGUGAGGCGAAGAUCAUCGCCAUGACCUGCACGCACGCCGCCCUCAAGCGGCAGGAGCUAGUUCAACUGGCCUUCCAGUACGAUAACAUUCUCAUGGAGGAGGCGGCGACCAUACUGGAGAUUGAGACCUUCCUGCCGCUGCUGCUGCAGAACCCGCAGUUUGGCCACAAUCGGCUGAAGCGGUGGAUCAUGAUCGGCGACCACCACCAGCUGCCGCCGGUGAUUAAGAAUGGUGCCUUUGGGCGGUUCAGUAAUAUGGAGCAGUCACUGUUUGCCCGCUUUGUCCGGCUGGGCGUGCCAACCAUUACCUUGGACCGACAGGGUCGGUCACGGGCGAGCAUCUGCGGGCUGUGGAGCUGGCGCUACGACGGCCUCGGAAAUCUGCGGCACGUCGAGCAGUUGGAGGAGUUUGGACGGCCAAAUCCGGGCUUCCUUCACGACUUUCAGCUGGUGAACGUGGAGGACUUCAACGGAGUGGGCGAGUCGGAACCGGCCCCGCACUUCUACCAGAACCUCGCCGAGGCGGAGUACAUUGUGGCCACGUUUAUGUACAUGCGCCUGCUGGGCUAUCCCGCGGAGCGGAUCACCAUCCUCACGACGUACAACGGUCAGAAGCACCUGCUGCGCGACGUGGUGGAGCAACGAUGCGCCUCCAAUCCCUUCAUUGGCCGACCGGCGAAGGUGACCACCGUGGACAAGUUCCAAGGGCAGCAGAGCGACUAUGUCCUCCUCUCGCUGGUGAGGACCAAGGGAGCCGUCGGUCAUGUGCGCGAUAUUCGCCGACUGACGGUGGCCAUGAGCCGAGCUCGCCUGGGCCUGUACGUCUUUGCCCGGGAGCGGCUCUUCUCCGGCUGCUACGAGCUGGCGAGAACGUUUGCUCUGUUGAAGCAGGAUCGACCGACCAGUCUGCAGCUGAUUCCGGGGGAGACCUUUUUUGAUGAAUCACUGGACCGAAGCCAAAAUCCUGAAGUGAAGGAGAUCGCCUCGAUGGCAGAGAUGGUCGCCUUUGUCUUUGAGUUCUACGGAUCGGCGGUGGGACGGCUGCAGCAACGGCGGCCUGAGGAGUUUGAGCGCAUCAUGAGCGGCGGCCAAAAGAGAACUUCUGCGGAAGAGGAUGAUGAGGAUGAGGACGAAGCUGAGGCUUCUGCUCCUGCCACCGGAAAUGAAGACGAGGAGGAGCUGCCCUUUGAGCCGCUGGCCGAGGACGACCAGGCCGUCGAUGACGACGUGGCGAUGGACUUUGAGGAGGAAGAGGUGGUGGCGGUGAAGAAGGUCCCACUACCUCCAAAGAAGGACAUUCCUGAAGAUGUUGAUAAAGAAGUGGAGGAAAAAGAUGAUAAUGAAGUUACACCAAAAAGGCAGAAGGUCGAAGAAGCUGCUGCUCCUCAGAAUUCUAUGGAGGAAAAAGAGGAGGAGGUUGUGCCUACGGAAACUCCCGAAACUGAAGUCGCUCAGGAGGAGCAGGAGAACACUGCUGAAGAAGUUCAGGAAAAAGCUGAAAGGGAUGAUGAUGAGGAUGCGACCACUGAGGAGGAUGAAGAAGAGCCUGCUGCUGAAGCUGCUGAGAAUGAUGAUUAA